AUGCUCCGUCGUACACGGUUAAGAUUGAUUUCGCUGACAGAGGCGCAGAGUUUAGUACUUGACGCGCAGGGGCAGCAGAUCCCAGCUCCGCAAGUGUCUCUCCCGCAGCUCCUCACAGCGCUAACGGAGCACUAUCGGGAUGGUUGUGAAGCAUUCACCAAGGCCGCGCUGCAGCACGUUGUGCAGCUCGAUCAGUCGAACGAGGACACAGAGCACAUCGCAGCCGCGCGCCUUGCCGCUCCACUGCCAUCGAACCGCCUCUUUACAGACUUGACCGCAGCACAGCAGCACACCGCCCCGCCUCCGAAGGCGCCACCGCACUUGAUCACUGAACUGCUGCGCACCUAUCCGAACACACCUGAAGUGCGCGAGCGGUGCUGUCGUUGCAUUGCCAACAUGUGCCAGCUCAGCGUUGAUGUCGCUACAAGGACUCAGCUCAUCCCUGCUACCGAUCAUAGUGGCAGCCCUGCAGCCAACGUAUCGCCUCUGGUUCAUGCCCUUGUGGAAGAAGGCGCUGUGGAGCUGGUGCUUGGGACUCUUGCAAUGGCCGGCCGUCUCAGCUCCAAGGGCCGCUGCUGGGUGGCCAUGGCGAUGCUCAACCUUACGUGCAUGUCCCACAACGGCGCCUCCCGGGCCACUGCUGCCGGUGCUGUCGAUCGUCUGGCCGAGUUCAUCUUGUUCCUAUUGGAGGACGCUUUGACUGCUUCCGCUGCCUCCACUGCGGCGCCGAUCCGCGGAUUCAGCGAGGAAACGUCUAUCGCCCUCGACGCGGCGCUUGGCGCACUGACCGGGGUUCUAGCGGCCGAGGCAUCAGAGAACACCAGCGGCGUCUCGUUCAACUACGAGGCAGCGAGCUACGCCUCCGUCGACGCUGUAGUGCGUUCGCUACUGUUCGUGUCGGCGCUGAUGGUUCGGGAUGGUCGCAACGAUGGUGUGUACGGCGCCUCGCUCUCGUCACGUCGCUACGGCACGGUGCGUUUCUCGAGCGCGUCGGAAGCGCAGCAGACGGCUGUUGUUGUGCUGCUGCCGCUCUUGCAUAAGGCCUGGAUGGCGCUGCAGUCGGUGUGCAGCUGUCCAACCAACCUACCGAUGGUCUUCGACAUCAUUUACGAGGCGGCAAACGCAAACCAGGAGAGCAUGGUGAUGACAAACGAGGUGGACAGCUGCGCGGAGGAGGUCUUGCAGGUGACGAAGCAGACGGAGCGGCAGUACGUCGCGGCGCUGUCGUGUCUCAUCGACGCGGCGUUGUUCGUGACGACGGAGCUGGAGGGGCUGGAGGUAAUCGGUGCAGAUGAGCUGGCGCACCUUCAGGACGAUGUCCGACUGUACGUGAUGAGCGUCAUGGAAGCCAUGACCGCGUCGCGGAAGGAUCUGGCAGGCAGAGAUGCCGUUGCUGCUUCAGCUAGUGCUGGUGGUGCCGUCGGGGACGCCGAGGUAGAGCAGCAGGGAGGCACUGCGGCUGUCACGUCGGGCAUUUACCCGACAGCGGCGGCAGUGAGCGUGACCGGCGUGCUGGCGGCUGGUACGGUGAGCAACAUGGCACUGGCGUGUGCUGUCCGCCUCCACAUCGAGUAUCAAGAGCGCCGCGGCCGGAUCGAGCGCGAGGAACAUCAGGACACUAACAGCAUGCAUUCGCAGGGCCGUCGCGGUGUCCCUGUUCCGUACACCGCCCACGACUUAACGUUGCUUUCUAAGUCGCUUGUGGUACUGGCCAAUGUGGCGGAGAUUGGCGACGAGGUGGCGACAUCAGCCAACGCGGUUGCGGCACUGCAGGCGAUUCUGCAGGAUGCGGCAGAGGGUGUCAUGUCCUUGCCGCUGGCAUACCGGGCUGAGCUGGCGGAGCUCUUCCGACCCACUGAGAACGCAGAGGGUAAUACUGAGGCGCGUGAUGGCUCAGGCAUUCACCCAGAGGACCGGCUGUCAUUCCUGCAACAAGCAGCGCUGGUGGGGCAGGUGUAUGCAGUGCUCUGGAGCACGUUGCGCACUGCUCACGGUGUGUCGACAGUGUUGCAGAUGAGUGUAAUGCAGACAGCCAAGGAGGUGCAGACUUCGCUGCGGGAGGCAUAUCUGCCGGCAUUGGCAGUGGCGAGGGAGCGGUUUAGCACUCGCCAGGCUACAGACAACGGUGAUGAGGCGGGGAGGCCGGCGACUGUUUCGUGGGUAGCGAACACGGCGGAGGAGACGGUAAUCCGACUGCUAAAGCUAUCCGACGAGGUCAUCAGCAACAUGCAGAAGCUGUCCUCAAGCACGCACGACACCUCGGCAUGA